GCUGUCCCGUCGGGUCCCUGACCGCUGUCUCCCUCCGCAGUGUACCACUGGGUGGAGAUGCGGACCAAGAUGAGCGUCAUGGGCUUCAAGGCCGAGGCCGUGAAGCCGCUGAACGAGGAGGCGGCCGCCGAGCUGGGCGCCGAGCUGCUGGGCGAGGCCACCAUCUUCAUCGUGGCCUGCAGCUGCCUGCUGCUGGAGUACUGGCGCCAGCAGGCGCAGCGGCGCCGCAACAAAGUCGAGCGGCUGGCGGCCUGGGACGCGCUGCGGAACGAGGUGGGCCACCUGGCGCUGGCGCUGGAGGCGCUGCAGGCGCAGGUGCAGGCGGUGCCGCCGCAGAGCGCGCUGGAGGAGCUGCGCGCGCAGGUGCAGGAGGUGCGCGCCCAGCUCUGCGCCGCCGACCUGCAGCCCGCCCCCCAGGAGUAGGCGGCCGCGGGGCCCUGGUCUCGGAGGCAGCUGCUCUCUGCCCUGUGUCCCAUCCCAAACCGGCGGGGCUGGCACCACCUGGUCCUUUGGGGUGAGAAAGGAUCCUGGGCGGGGACUCACCCCACUGGGCAGCUGGUCACCUCCAUCCUGCCCCGCUCUGUGGCACCCUGCCCUGGGCCUCCAGGGAGUUGCGAUGCACCAGCGCCCAGGGCCCGCCGUGUCUUCUGUGGGCCCCCAGCCAGCCAGCCACUCACCACUAAGCGGCCCACAGGACAUCCUUCUUUUUGGCAAAACAAAUUGGGUCCUGUACAGGGAUUUGGCCAACUUCUGUCACACCUCGUUAUGUCUCAGGGGAGCCCCCCACCUCUUCGUUGGUAGACCACUGUGGGGGGGGGGUUGAAACCAUGCUGGAAGUUCCGGGGGACUCCACCAGCGCGUCCAUCUACCUCUCUUCUCGCGGGUGGGGUGACCUUGCACUGCGCUUGCCCCGCCAGUCACCCUCCGGCCCCCACCUGUAACCCCCCCCCCCCCGACGGUGCCUUCACCUGGCUUCUCCCCUCCCAGAGCGGAGGGCGCACAGCACCACCCUCUGGCCUGGCCACUGCCUCAUCUCCCAAACACAUCUCCCCCGACGGUUGGGGUGAUGCAGGACCCCAGGGAGAACCGCUCUGAACCCCUCUGCUCUCAGCCCAGCCCCGUUACCUGCCCCAGACCCCGAGCUGACCCCGCCCUUCCUCCUCACUCUUCCAGCUCCCCCACCUGUCAGUCACAUCCCACCUCCCACCAAGUCUGCUCCUCGGAGCUCUCAGAGGUCACCCUUCCUGCCAAGGCCCCUCCAGGGAGCCCGCCCACCCGUCACCCGGACGGACAGUCCUGCCUCCCCACUGGGGCGCGCGUGAGCUCUGGGACCUCUGAACUGCCUUGCUAGACUCUGUGUCCGUCAUUAAAGCAGCUCCGGGGAAACAGGUCAUCUUGGGAACAUGUCUGAGACGGUGGCGUCCACCUGCAGAAUGGGUCGGGUGUCGGGGAACUCUGGGGGAGCGGGGACAGGGUUGACCCCGGAGCCUUUGCCCAGUGGGGAAACCGCAGCCCUGCAUGGACCCAGGGACCUGCCCUGGCUGUCUCCGGCAUGAAGGGGACGG